AUAGAGAUGGAGAGAACAUUAACAGGGGCACAGGUCAUCAGCCUCACACCCGAACACAUUUAUGGAGAAGUUUUGGUUUAAGUUUAUAACUGAGGAGUAAAGUGUCCUUCUUCAGGUGAUCCCGCGUGUGCUGUCCCUGCUACAAGAAACCCUUUAUGUAGACUAUAUAUAAAAGAGAGGAGAAGAAGAAACGGCUGACUAUGGCGUCCUCUGGCAUCCGUAUUAAAUUAGAGAGAGAUGAUCCCAGUGGUGAGAUAGAUGCAGCACGUGGCAGGUUUGAUGCAGCCCUUCAAUGUUUGCUCCAGAAAGAUGAAGAAUCAGAUUCAGAGAAUGAGUCUGAUAAUGAGCUUAAAACUAAAGUAUUCACCAAGGUCGGCAUAUCGGGCAAUCGAGGGUCUCGUCCUCCUCGGAAGCGUCGGCGAAAGGAGAUAGAUCUGAGAGAUUCGGGCUUCCACCACACCUUUGUGAUGCGGAUGUUCGACCGCAGCGUAGACCUGGCCCAGUUUGACGAGACAUCGCCCCUGUAUCCUAUAUGUCGUGCGUGGAUGAUCAACCAGCCACAUAACUCCAGUCUCAAUGUCAAACAGGAGCCAUGCAGCCCCAGCACAGAGAUGUUCAACAGCACCGAGGGUAGUCAAGAUGGAGACUUUGUCACAGAGAUCUUGUCUGAUGGUCCUCCCAAUGCUGCUUUCAGCAACAAGAUGCCCUCCCCAGAACCGUGGUCAGCUGAAAUGACACAGAAAGACCCAAGGAUCCCUGAAGUGCUUCCACAUCCCCCCAACAGGCUCAAUGAAAUUAAUGAGUGUGAGACAACCUCAACAAGUUUGUUACUGACUGAGCACCUCAAGAGAUGGAGACAAAUUCGUAAUCUGUGGAGGAAUUGUGCGAAAGUCAAUGAUCAACGUUACCAAGGCUCAUACACCAUAUUGAAGGCUAUGUUUGACAGGGUUCAUGAAGGCUGAACCAGUGUUAUGUGACAGGUAUGAGAAGUAAAGUCUUUUGUAUUUUGGUUAGAAGAACUAACGAGCUAUGAACUCUCAUUGAUAAUCUAGUACUAAUGUAUUUAAAUUCUUUAAAUCUUUGAAAGUUAGGUUAACUAUUUUUAAAAACACAGUUGAGUUUACAGCAAGUGAAAACUUUUUAAUUUGGGGGAAGAAUUCGUGUACAGUACUGUAUUAAACAGCACAGUAAAAUUAUGCACUUGUGAUCUCAGUAUUUUUUGAGACAAGUACAGUACAGUACUGUACAGUAAUGUGGUUUAGAUACUCAUUUGUAGAUUUGAAUUAGUCAGUCAUGGAAUUUAGUGCGUCAUUCACACUUGAAUUUGAUUUAGUAAGGUAAUUGAGCAGUCAUAUGUGGAUUUGAUUUACACAUUUAUUUGAAAAUUAUUUACAGUACAGUACUUAUUUACUGUACAUCUGAAUUUUAUUUAGUGAGUCACAUGUGAGUUGCAUUCAGAAGUAGUGUGUGGUUGCAGGAGUUCACUGAUGACUUGUGUUGUAGUUUAUUGACUGGUGCAGACCUUGCUUUCUUGAAUCACUAGAGUAUUAUCAUAGUACAAGAAGUAAGUUUCAGCAAUAAAGGUAAUGUAAGGACAUUUGUAAACAACUUUUGACGAAGUGAAAAAUUUUGGUACUAAUUUCUUUAUUAGUAAUAAUGAUGAGCUUUAAUUGAGGAACACAUCCAUACAAGGAAGACAGAUAAUGGGAUAAUUUAGUGUGUAGUAGUACAGAAUAUAUACAGGAUAAUGAUAAGCUUUUAGGUCGUGUGUUUAGGAUUCUGACAAUUUUGUAACGAAAGAUUGAUUACUGGAGUAUUAUUUCCAUAGCAAUAGAAGAGCUAGAUAAAUAAUGCACCAGGAAACUGAUAGAUGUCUUUACCUGAACAUAUAUGUAUUGGAAGCUUAAAUACAGUAAUGAAUGAAGUCUGUAGAUUUCAUUAACUCUGA